AAGGUGACCAAGAAGGAGAUGGCGAUGCUCCUCCUCGCCCUUGGCCAAGAACGGCAAUGGCAGCUCCUCCUGGCCCUCCUCACCGUGGUUUUCCUUGUUGUGAUUGCGAGGAACUCGUCCUCGUCCAAGGCCAAGCAAGGGCUCAAGCACAAACUCCCACCGGGCCCGGCGAUGUCGCCAGUCCUGGGCAACCUGCACCAGGUGGGCGGGCUUCCGCACCGGAGCCUGCGGGAGCUAGCUCGGCGGCACGGGCCAGUGAUGCUGCUGUGGCUGGGCACGGUGAGGACGGUGGUGGUGUCUUCGGCGGAGGCUGCGAAGGCGGUGCUGAAGACGCACGACGUAGAUUGCUGCAGCCGGCCGGCGUCCCGAGGACCCAAACGGCUGAGUUACGACCUCAAGAACCUGUUGUUCGCGCCUCAUGGCGUGUACUGGCGCGAGAUGCGGAAGCUCUUCAUGGUGGAGCUCCUCAGCAUGCGCCGCGUCAGGGCUGCCGCGUAUGCACGGGAGCAGCAGGUUGCCAAACUUGUGAGCAACCUGAGCCGCCUGGGCGGCAAACCGGUGGCCUUGAACGAGCACAUCUUUGGCCUCACAGACGGCAUCAUUGGCACGGUAGCGUUCGGCAGCGUAUACGGGGCUGACCAGUUCCCGCACAAGGGGCGCUUCCAGGAGGUGCUGGACGAGGCCAUGGACAUGAUGGCCAGCUUCUCUGCCGAGGACUUCUUCCCCGGCACCGGCGGCCGUCUCGUGGACCGCCUAACAGGCCUCUUGGGCCGCCGCGAGAGGGUCUUCAAGGAGCUGGACGCCUUCUUCGAGCUUAUCAUCGAGCAGCACCUGGACCCGGCACGCCCCAAGCCGGACAACGGCGGGGACCUCGUCGAUGUCCUCAUCGGCCUGUGGAAGGAGCAGCAUAGCACAGUGCGCUUCACCAAGGAUCACGUCAAGGCCAUCAUCCUGGACACGUUUAUUGGCGCCAUAGACACGAGCUCCGUGACGAUGCUGUGGGCAAUGUCCGAGUUGAUACGGAAGCCGCGCGUACUCAGCAAGGUGCAAGACGAGAUCAGGGCAAUGGUGGGCGGCAACCAUUUUUGGAGGGUGGAAGAAGACCACGUCCCCAAUCUCACCUACCUCAAGAUGGUGGUCAAGGAGACUCUGCGGCUGCACCCACCGGCCACCCUGCUUGUGCCGAGGGAGACCAUGAAGCCCCUCGAGAUCGGAGGCUACGACGUGCCUGCCAAGACGCGGAUCCUUGUCAAUGCACGGGCCAUCGGCAGGGACCCCCUGAGCUGGGGCUCCGACUCAGAGGAGUUAAACCCGGACAGGUUCCAUGGCAGUGACAUCGACUUCAACGGCGCCCACUUCCAGCUCCUGCCUUUUGGCGCCGGCCGGAGGAUAUGUCCUGGCCUAGCCAUGGGGGUCAUGAACGUGGAGUUCACGCUUGCCAACCUGCUAUACUGCUUCGAUUGGGCGCUCCCAGAAGGGAUGCCGCCCGAGAAUGUGAGCAUGGAAGAGGCCGGCGCCCUCACUUUCCAUCGGAAGGCGCCGCUGAUUCUCGUGCCCACGCCGCAGGGUGGCUCUUCCGCAAAUAUGCAUAUCACCUCUCUAGCUUCCAAUCAUGUGUUGAAUUAAUAUUAAUGCACCUUAAGUUUAGCUAUUUGGUGCUUUUUCA